UCUGAUCACGCUCAAAUGGACACCACUAGGAGGCGUGGACCAUACAAGAAAUACUUGCGGAGCCCGGAUGAACAACUUCCUAGAGAGACUCGGCGACGCUGGCAAGCAUCAGCUGACACGCCGAAUGGAAGCAACAGUAGUUUGCCUCAAGCGGGGCCAUCUACAUCAGCAGACAAUGGCGGCGACCCACCGUUGUGCUCCUCAGAUGACUCAGACUCUCCCGACAUCUACUUUGAUUGCCCUGACAUCGACUUGGACUUCCCUGACAAUGACUUGGACUGCUCCGACAUUGACACAAGCAACCGUGAGGAGGACAGCACCUCUGACACAGGUGCAAGCUCGGACAUUGGUAGUGUUAGUGAACCGGCUGCCCCAAAGCUGCAGGAUCUUGCUCGGAAUGGCCUCAAAUGGCGCCACCCCGAAACAGGCCAAAUUGUCGUGUCUUACAUCAAAGCUCCAUUAUCGUCGGUAGAUGCAGUUGCCAGGGCAAUGCUGCAGGGCAUCCGACAGUUUAAUGCACUUCAUUCUCCUCAUCGGUGCAAUCUACCGGCUUUUGUCGGAAUCAGUGUCUCCUGA